AGGUGUACGACCACGACCAGAGUCGUGUUACAGACUAUAUUUACGACAUUGGGCAUGUGUAUCUGUCUGAUCUGGUUCCAAACGCGAACGAGAUCUGUUUGGUGCGGAGUCAAACGGCGCGCAUAUUGAUGGUUGAAAAUUGGGAAUCAAAUCAAAUGAAAUAAAAGGAGUUCCCAUUUUCCUUAUCAGAAAACACAAAUUCGAACCGUGGAAAGGCAGGCCGAGGUUGGGAUUCGGACGUAGAAUCAGAAAUUGGAUUAGAAAUUGAGAGAAUUUGGGGUGGGAAUGACGGGAGGAGGAGAAUUCGGCGAUCAGAGGCAUCUCCUCGGAUCCAACAGCCAUACAGAUGAAGAACAUGACAAUGAAGAAAAAAUCGAUGACUUGGAAUCUCAAGUUACGUACAACAACAGCAAUAGUAAGGGCAUCAACGAUCUGGUGAAGUAUUUGGGGAGGGGGUUCUCCGGGAGGCGCCUCAGCUUCAAACGUCUCGAUAGAGACAGAGAUAGAGGAAGAGAACGCUCAUCGCCGUCUUCCUUAGAUCAUCAUCAACAACAACAUCUUGGUCACCACCAUUCUUACGCUGGAGAUGCCGCUGAUCCGCUGGGAGAUAGCGCCCCUCCCGAAUGGGCUUUGUUGCUUAUCGGUUGCUUGCUUGGCGUCGCCUCCGGAUUCUUCGUGGCAGCCUUUAAUAAAGGAGUUCACGUCAUACAUGAAUGGGCAUGGGCUGGGACUCCAAACGAGGGUGCUGCUUGGCUUCGUCUGCAGAGACUGGCUGAUACUUGGCAUCGGAUUCUUUUGGUACCAGUUACUGGAGGUGUCAUUGUUGGAAUGAUGCAUGGUUUACUUGAGAUAUUGAACCAAAUCCAGCAAUCCAGUUCUCAACAACAAGGUUUCAGUUUGGUUGCUGGGGUAUUCCCCACGGUAAAGGCUAUCCAGGCUGCCAUCACUCUAGGUACAGGUUGUUCUUUGGGUCCAGAAGGCCCCAGUGUAGACAUUGGAAAGUCAUGUGCCAAUGGAUUCUCAUUAUUGAUGGAAAACAACCGAGAAAGGAAGAUUGCUCUUGUGGCUGCUGGAGCGGCAUCUGGGAUUGCUUCUGGUUUUAAUGCUGCGGUCGCUGGUUGCUUCUUUGCUAUUGAAACUGUAUUAAGACCUCUCUGUGCUGAAAACUCGCCUCCUUUUACAACUGCGAUGAUUAUUUUGGCCUCUGUUAUCUCAUCUACUGUAUCAAAUGCUUUACUUGGUACAGAAUCAGCUUUCACCGUGCCAUCAUAUGAUUUGAAAUCUGCUGCUGAGCUACCUUUGUAUCUGAUCUUGGGGAUGCUUUGUGGUGUCGUAAGUGUAGUCUUCACUCGCUUGGUUUCUUGGUUCACUGCAGCAUUUGAGUAUAUCAAGGAGAAAUUUGGACUUCCUGCUGUAAUAUGCCCCGCUUUAGGUGGUUUAGGAGCUGGAAUAAUAGCUCUUAACUAUCCUGGAAUACUAUACUGGGGCUUUACAAACGUCAAUGAAAUCCUACAUACCGGGAAGUCUGCAUCAGCUCCUGGAAUCUGGUUACUAACCCAACUAGCAGCGGCCAAAGUUGUCGCCACUGCUUUAUGUAAGGGGUCUGGGCUUGUAGGUGGCCUUUAUGCACCGAGUUUGAUGAUUGGUGCUGCUGUCGGUGCUGUAUUUGGAGGCUCAGCUGCUGAACUUAUUAAUUCAGCUAUUCCAGGCAAUGUUGCCGUUGCACAACCACAAGCAUAUGCACUGGUUGGAAUGGCUGCCACGUUAGCUUCAGUUUGUUCAGUUCCCUUAACUUCAGUUCUGCUUCUUUUUGAGCUGACAAAAGAUUACAGGAUCUUACUUCCUCUCAUGGGGGCUGUAGGAUUAGCGAUAUGGGUUCCUUCUGUGGCUAAACAGCACAAGGAGACUGACACAUCUGAUUCGAGGAAUUCAGCAAGAGGAUAUUCUUCUGUUUCUGCUGCUGAGGAACUCUCUGUCAUAGAAAAGGCUUCUGACCUAGAAGCAUUAGAUGAAGAUAUGCUUCUUGAAGAUCUUAGGGUUUCUAGGGCCAUGUCAAAGAAGUUUUUGAAGGUGUCAAUGGCUGUUACCAUAAAAGAAGCAACGAAAAGCAUGCAUGAGGGUCAUCAUAGAUGUGCGCUUGUGGUCGAUGAAGAUGAUUUUCUGGAGGGGAUUCUUACAUUUGGUGAUAUUAGAAGGUGUCUGUCUAAGAAGCCUAGUGAUUUCUCCAAGGGUGAUUCAACAGCACUUGAUGUGAAUGCAUGUCUUGUUUCCUCUGUAUGCACAAAAGGGAUAAGCUACUGUGGGCAGGAGCGCGGAGUUCUAACAUGCUUUCCAGACACAGACUUAGCAAUUGCGAGGGAGUUGAUGGAAGCUAGUGGAGUAAAACAAUUGCCGGUGGUGAAACGUGGCAGAGAACCCCACAAAGGAAGGAAGCGGAGGGUCAUUGCCAUUCUUCAUUACGACUCAAUCUGGAACUGUGUCAGAGAAGAGAUAAAUCACAGGAAGGCCAUGUAUCAACAUGCCCACAGGAAGGAUGAUCAAGAGGAGAUUGUAAAUGCAAAUGGCCAUUAACAAUGCAUCUGUUUCUCUCCCUUGGCCUGCUGCCUGCAAACCUCAUAUAUAUAUAUAGAUUAGAGCAAAUUAGAAGCAAAUUUUUUAUGCUGUCAUUAGAAUUGUAAUUAGUAAUUAUAAUUAGCAUUGGUUCACCAAAUCUGGCACUGAGUGGGGAUAUUACGGAAUGUUUUGCCGUGGAUCCUUUUGAUGUAAUUUGCAGAACAAAAUACACACAAACACAUAUCAUCUAUAUGUGCUUUGUAAUUGUGCUCGCAACAACAAUCAUAUGCAUUUUGUCUUCUUCACAUUACUGAAUACAGAGCAAAAA